UGCCACCAUCCCUCCCCACCACUAUUCCCACCACCAUCUCCAACACUCUCCCUUCCCCUUCAGUCAGUCAGUCUGCCUCACACCGUUAAGCUAGCAACAGGAUACCGUCAACUGUUGUAACGCCAAGACCACUGCAUCAACGCAGAAACUACGACUUUAUAUGACCUGAGUGUGUGAAAACAGUAACGAUGCGGCUGAAUCGAAUAUGGGGACGGUACCGCGAGAGGAUAAUUGUGGCAGGUCUUGUGGUUCUGGUUAUCAUCAUUAUGGCACCUCCCAAGCUUGUACACAAUAUGGUGAAAAGAGAGGAUGAAGGUGUGGUAGUGAUAGAUGGAGUAAGGAAGAAGGACUACAAUGACUAUAAGUACCUGAAGGAAGAAGUACUACAAACUGGCACAGGUGAAAAUGGAAUUGCUGCUUCUCUUUCCCCUGGGCUGGAUAAGGAGAAAGAAGCUCUCUACAAAGUGAAUGGCUUUAACGCUCGUCUGUCUGAUGACAUUGCUUUAAACCGCUCGCUCAAAGACAUUCGUCAUCCAAAGUGUAAAAAGAAACUGUAUAUAGCGGACCUUCCCACUGCAGCAGUCGUGGUGCCUUUCCACAAUGAGCACUGGAGCACUCUUCUUCGCACUGCAUUUUCAGCAUACAACCGCUCACCAAAACACCUGCUGAAGGAGAUCAUUCUCGUUGAUGAUGCUAGCACGAAAGAUUUUCUAGGUAAGAAACUGGAUGACUAUUUAGCCGAACACUUGCCCAUUGCUCGUGUGGUUCGCCUGCCGUCUCGUUGGGGCUUAAUUCGUGCCAGAUUGGAAGGAGCAAAACAUGCAACGGCAGAUGUUCUGAUAUUUCUUGAUUCUCACACUGAAUGUACAACAAACUGGCUACCACCACUCUUAGAACCAAUUGCCAUGAAUUAUAAGACAGCAGUGUGUCCUUUCAUCGAUGUGAUUGACUUUGAAACUUUCGAGUACCGUGCUCAGGAUGAAGGACGUCGCGGUUCCUUUGACUGGGAGUUCUAUUACAAGAGAUUGCCAGUGUUACCAGAGGAUGAGGCUAACAUGCCCGAACCAUUCAAGAGUCCAGUUAUGGCUGGUGGAUUGUUUGCAAUCAGUUCCAAAUUCUUUUGGGAACUGGGCGGAUAUGACCCGGGGCUGGACAUAUGGGGCGGAGAACAGUACGAAUUGUCUUUCAAAGUAUGGCAGUGCCACGGAACCAUGGUUGACGCUCCAUGCUCCAGGAUUGGCCAUAUAUAUCGCAAGUUUGCUCCUUUCCCCAACCCUCGAAAAGACAAUUUCAUUGCCAGGAACUAUCGUCGAGUGGCAGAAGUGUGGAUGGAUGAAUAUAAAAAGUUCCUUUACAUGAGACAACCUGGAUGGUUGCAGGUUGAUACUGGAGAUAUUAGUGAGCAGCUGGCUGUGAGGGAGCGUAACAAGUGUAAACCUUUCAAGUGGUUUAUGGAUAAUGUGGCAUUUGAUCUUGUUAAACACUACCCUCUUAUUGAGCCACCAGACUACUGUAAUGGAACCAUAAAGAGUGUUGCCGAUCCAAGAUUGUGUGUGGACACCGAGAUGAAGGGGCAGUUUGACCGUCUGGACUCACUUGGAGAAUGUGGACCUGGUUCACAGUAUCAGUUUCAACUCACUGCUUUCAAAGAUAUACGUCCACUCAAGAGCCACAACUGCUUUGAUGUACCAGACUUGAAGGGAGAUAAAGCUCCUGUACUGCUUUAUGGUUGUCAUAAAGGACUUGGUAACCAGAUGUGGAAGUAUGAUAUGACGAACCAAAUGAUAAACUUCGGACACCAUGCCACCCACUGUCUGGAUUGCAGCAUUAGCAACAAGGAAAUCUUUGUCUCCCCCUGCGAUUUCGACUCAAAAACACAAAAAUGGAUAUGGAGUUUUGUAAACAAAGAAAGGCUGAGCAAUUAUGAUAAUCUUGAUCCAAAACCUUAAGCAGCAUUAUCCUAUUAUUAUUAUUUGAAAGCUUAUUUUCAGUACUGUACAAGAUUUAUAAUUUACCUGCCUCGAGGCUUUAAUUAAUAUUGUAAUAUUUAAUGUUCGCAAUUAACCUGCAAUUUGAAGUACAAUAGAAACUAGAGACAAAAUUUUGAUCUUUUCUGUACCACUUUCAUAUCACACUUUCAUAUUGGUUAAUGAUGAACAAACUUUUUCUACAGUUUCUCUCCAAAUUGUGAGUUAAUAGUGAAUUGUUCCAGUAAGAGUAUUCUGACUUUUAUUCUUCGAUACUGAAACUUGUUUACUCCCCAAGGUUGUAGGUCGCAGACAGUUUGUAUUGAAUAUUGUUGGCUACUGUACAGAAGGUCUUGGAAAUUCACUCUUGCUCACAUAUCAGAGAGGAAAUUUAUGUGAUAUUUUGGUUUGUUUUGGACCAUACAAAGUAGCUACCAACUUGAUAAUGGUCUGACUGAAAUAUCAUAUGAAGUCACCUUAAGUUAACAGGUUAAUUGUAAAUUAUUCCAGUCAUGGCACUGACUUGUUCUACCCAGGGACAUGGUACAAUGAAAUGGUAUUGUACUACAGUUCAUUUUUGUAUUAUACAUUCCAACAUUUACCAAUCUUUAAAAUAAUACUAGUUUUAUAAAAAUGUAUAUGGUGAAGAUAUUUUUGUAUGUUAGAUUUUAUUGUUGCCAAGGAAUUAAUAUCAGUUAUUUUUAGAUUCUUUCUGUGUGAUACAUAAAAAUUAGACUGUCAGGUAAACUAAUACAAAUGUUAUAUAAAAAGCUAUAUUUUCUUAAUACAGUAUUACAGUAUUGCAUAAUAAUAAUCAUUCAUCAAUGGCAGGAAUGAACAACAUUUUCAGUCACCAAUUAAUAAUAAUAAUGAGUGAAAAAUAAGGUAUGUUUGGAUUACACCUACCAUCCUACUUAUGACCUGCUCGACUUACGACCACUCAACUUACGACCGUGUUUUUUAUGCCAAAUUUCUUGGAAAUAAACAACUAUUUGUGUUGUACACAGUGUUUAUCCUAAACCUUACAGUAUAAAAUACAGUGCUAACAGCAUAAAAAGUAAAGUAAAACAUGAAAUACCAAAAUAAAACAAUAAAAUAAAGUUAUUACAAAAAUGUGAUGUUGAUAUUCAGUAGUAAGGUUCGACUUGCGUCCAUUUCGACUUACGACUGGUUUCUCGGAACCAAACUCGGUCGUAAGUCGGAUGGUAGGUGUUCUAGUUUGUAUAAUGAGACAGUGGCAAAAGAUGACAUGUUGAAAUAAAAAUGCUGGUAGCAAAAAAUCCUUUAAAUGAGGCCAUGUAUUGGCUCUUUCCUGCAUGCUUGAUAAAGUCCAGUUUUUGGCAAAAUGUAUGAAAAUAAUUCUCAGCUACCAGGGUCUAUUUUCUGAGUGUAACAAGUCUUCCCACUUGGAGUCUGCCUGGAGGGUGUUCAGGGGGUCAACAUCCCUGCAGCCUGGUCUAUGAGCAGGCCUCGUGGUGGAUCAGGGCCUAAUCAACCAGGCUGUUACUGCUGGCUGCACAGGAUCCAGGUACAUUUUAGUCACUGAUAGGUUAACUUUUUUUUUUUUUUUUUUUUUUUUUUCACUACAUGGAAGGUUGGAUGAAGCCCACCUCUCACAAGUUAUGAAUCUCUGAUACGAGGUAACUUGGCCCUUAUAUAACACCAUCUUUAUCAUGAACCUUAGUUUUGACUGUUUUUUCAGAUGCCUCUCCAAAUACAUAGUCAAAUUUUUAAAUCUUCUGAAAACAUGACUUGGUCAUACACUAUCUGUCUCCUUACUUUUCAGUUCCUGAUCUCAUUUAUGCUUUCUCUUUUUUUUCUUUCUCAUUCAUGGAUGAAUAAAAGAUGGACCAAAAAAAAUAAAAAAUUCUGGUUUUCGUGUCCAAUGUCCAUUUGUUAGUUUUGAAAACUACAGUAAAACUGUACCAAGAAUUUAACUGUUCAUCACUGAUUUCUUUUGUCACUGGUAUUAUAUUCUUAUUCUUUGUUGUAAAUUGAAUCAAAUUUUCCAAUCAAGUGCAUGAUUUAUUCCAGCAUUUAUAGUUGUGUCAAUUAUUGACUUACAUUAUCCCAAAAAUUUACUCUUAGAAAACAUUAUAUUUGUCUGACAUUUUGUCUUGAACAACAGACACCCAUUGGUGUUUCUGUGUUGGAGUGAGACUAUACAGCAGAGAUUUUUUACAAAAAUACUUAUGUAAAAAUCUUGUUUUACAGUCACACUCACACCUUAGAAAAGAUUGGCAAAAAUUUAGACCUAAAUUAUAUUUUGAUAAAAGACUAGGAAAAAUAUUGCAUGGCUUAGUUGCAUCAGUGCUGUUGAACAGAGAUACUUUUUAAUUUUUUAACACGCUGACUAUGUCCCACCAAGGCAGGGUGACCCGAAAAAGAAACACUUGCACCAUCAUUUACACUAUCUCUGUCUUGCCAUAAGUGCACAGAUGUGACAGUUCAGAAGUCUCUCCAAACAGCAAAUAUCCCAAACCCUUCUUUUAAAGUGCAGGCAUUGUACUUCCCAUAUGCAGGACUCAAGUCCAGCUACCUGGUUUCCCUGAAUCCCUUCACAAAAUAUUACCCUGCUCACACUCCAACAAUUCGUCAGGUCCCAAAAACUGGCUCCAAAUCACUCCCAUCUAACAUGCUGUUAUGACAACGAAUUUCUCCCAGAGUCUGAAGAACGCUGGUUCAGUGAUUCUGUGUGAAAAUUUAAUUCGAGUACCAUUCUCCUCUGGCUUGUAUAAUUUUUGUCAUUGUUUUGUGAAAAUAAUAAUAAUAAUAAUAAUAAUAAUAAUAAUAAUAAUAAUAAUAAUAAUAAUAAUAAUAAUCUUUUUAGAGAAGUCAGUCUACCCAUUUUUUUAAUGGUUCCCUAAAUUUUUUUUAAUUUAAAUAUGGAGAACUCAUUAAAUACUACUAAAUUAAGCACUUUUACUCUACAUUAAUGUUUUUAACCAAAAAAUACCAUAAUUUUAAAGAUUUUUUUUCCUAAAAAUGGGUAACUUGGAGGUUUUCAUUUAGGUAGGGACUGCAUAACCCCGUGUGGGUUUAAUACUUUCUCAUGAACAUCAUUCUAGUAGUACAGUGGACCCCGGUUUACGAUAUUAUUUCAUUCCAGAAGUAUGUUUAGGUGCCAGUACUGAACGAAUUUGUUCCCAUAAGGAAUAUUGUGAGUUAGAUUAGUCCAUUUCAGACCCCCAAACAUACACGUACAAACACAUUUACAUAAAUACACUUGCAUAAUUGGUCGCAUUGGGAGGUGAUCAUAAAGUGGGGGUCCACUGUAUUUUCAUUCAGGUUAUGAUAUUCCAAUCAAACAGUAUUUGCUGACUAGUGGACAGCCAACAAUCAUUAAUAAUUAUAUUUUUAUAGCACCUUUGUGUAAAUUUAGGAUUAGUAAUCUCUCUUGCAAAGCUUCUCUAUACUGUAUAGUAAAUAUUUUUUGUAAAUGCGACUGAACAGUUAUGUCCAGAAUUGAACAGUGCAUGGAAAGGCCUUCAUAGUACAUGCCAUUCAAUUUUCAGCUGUACUUUUUCAAUCGCAUUUGCAAAAGGAUUGCUCCACGUAGAAGGUGGCUUAUGAUGGCUGUCCGUAUUUUCCACAUCCACUCUGGAUAAAUUCCAUAUGUUCAACAUUUCUGUAUGUCAACGAAAAUGUUAAUAUUUCAAAAAGAUGUAUGUAAUUGUCAUUGUAUAUAUACUGUAUAUAGAUUUAUUUUUUGGAAUGCAAGCCCCCCAAAAAAUAUGAGUUGUAUGAAGGUAAUUCAUCAUAGUUUUGAUGUUGAAUGUAUGAUUUAUUGAAUCAUGCAGUUAUUGACUGGUAUGAAGAUUUGGAGUAAAAGACACAAGUGAAGUACUAUGCUUUUUUUGUGACAGUAUUUUGCUUUAUGUAAAGCUUUAGCAGAUAAAGCUUUGUGCAAAUCUUUAAAGGUUCGCACAAAGCUUUGUCAAAGUCUUAAUGACUAGAUGAAGCUUUAUGAAAGUAUUAACCCUCAAACUGUCCAAACGUAGAUAUACGUUGACGUGCGGCAGGCUCCGAACGUAGAUCUAUGUUUUUUACAUGCUUUCAAAUGGGGAAAAUCAAGGUCGGAGCACUACACACGUGAACGUUGAUCUACGUUUGGACAGUUUAAGGGUUAAUGGCUAGAUAAAGCUUUAUGAAAGUCUGAAUGGCUAGAUGAAGCUUUAUGCAAGGCUUCAGCAUUUUCACACAAAGAAGCUUACUCUUCACAUACCUGUCUCUUGCUUCAUGCUGUCAGCAUCUUCCUCUUGCAGCCUAUUUAGGAAUCUCAUUCAUUCCACUUUUACCGGGACAGUCUCAGUUUAUUUAUUUUUUUUAGAGCUCUGUCCUGGUGUCCCACCAAAUUGUUUAUAUAAUAAUUUGUAGUUUGUUACAAAUUAUUUUUUUUUGAGUGAUGGGUCUCCGAAUUAACUUUUAUCAAUUGUCCCGGGUUUUGGUUUUUAAAAAAUGGGAUUCCUAAUCCUAUUAUGAAGAGUCAGCUCUCUUAUAAGCUCAUCUAUUUAGUAUAAUUUUUCAUAAAUGUGAUUGAAAAGUGCUUUGAAAAUUGAACAGAACAUACUAUUAAGACCUUUCUACGUGGUAAUUAAUUUUGGAUAUACAUUUUUAGUUACAUUCAUGAAAAAUUGCAUUGUAUAGAGGAACUUUAUAAGGGAGAGCUGACUAUAUAUAUGUAGUAGUUUGUAAUGUAUAGAUUGUGAUAUACAUUAUUUUAUGCAUGAAAACACAGUAUCUUACCCUACAUAAUGGACAUACCUGUCAUCAGUUGCGAGGGCUAUUCUAUCCUUGUAUCAUGGACUGAGGCCAGGCUACCCUGCUGGCCUCCUGGUCAACUAGGUUGAAAAUAAAUGGUAUAAAAUACCGACACAAUGGAAACAAACACAUAUGCAGUUUAAUGUGAUCCUUUAUUGAUAAUGUUUUGCCCACACAGUGGGCUUUUUCAAGUCACAAACAGAUCUCUGUUUGUGACUUGAAAAAGUCCACUGUGUGGGCAAAACGUUGUCAGUAAAGGAUCACAUUAAACUGCAUGUGUGUUUAUGUUUCCAUGGUCAACUAGGUUGUUUGUGCUCGUGAAUCAGAGGCCAACAUAGUUCUCUCAACCCAGCAGAUGUGGAAUUUUUCUGGAAUUAGUGGCUCAGUUCAUCCUCAGAAUUAUUGACCUUUGUUAAUUAUGACUUUUUUUUUUUAUUUCUGCUGGUAAUCUAAUAAUAAUGAGUUGUAAUUCUAUGUCCUUUAUUUAAUUAAAGAAUUUGAAUAAAAUGCUGAAACUAA